GUGGGCUCUGCUGCUCGUUUGACGUAGCAGCCUAAGCUCGGGCUUGAGUGCCCUUCGACAUUGCGGACAAUCUUACCCUUAACCACCACCUAUAUGUUGCUGAUCUUUGCUAUUGAUGGCGUCUGACUCAUCAGCGUCGCCUCCUCGUUCGCCCUCGCUGCUGACAAAGGAGGCCUACUGGUCCUCAUUCUAUACGGACGAGCAGCACACGUACGAGUCGUCAGGCAACGAGGGCGAGGAAUGGUUCGAGGGCCAGGUCGACAACAUCGUUGAAUGGCUCGUCAACGACCUCAUCGGGCCCUCUCGCGCGCCGACGCUGUCUGUUCUCGAUGUCGGCAUGGGCAACGGGCUGUUCCUGGCGCGGCUGGUGGACGAGGGCUUCACGAAUCUGCACGGCAUCGACUAUGCCGAGUCGGCAGUGCAGUUCGCGCGGCGGCUGAUGGAGGACAGGAGGGGCGACUGGCCUGACGGUGUGAGUGUGCGGUUCGACCGGCUUGACGUGCUGGCUUGUGAAGAGGAGCUGAGGGCGGUGCUGCGGGAGGGGGGCUACUCGCUGGUGCACGACAAGGGCACAUUCGACGUCAUGUGGAUGAGAGGACAGGCGGGCGACGAUUCUGCGAUUGAGGGGUACCUUCGCUUCCUCGAUUGUGCGGUUGCGGCCGAGGGGCUGUUUGUGGUGACGUCGUGCAACUGCACUGAUGAGGAGCUCCAAGCGACGUUCGGUGGUUCGUUUGAGCAUGUGUCAUCGCUGGCGCAUCCGUCGCUAGCCUUUGGGGGGCAGACAGGGCAAGUUGUGAGCACUGUAGCGUUCAAACGAAGACAGACGGACUGAGAGCGAGCGUUGGCUGUCGGCUGCUGGCUGUUAUAUAUGUGCCUUGCCUUAGA